AGCUUUUACAGUGUGCCAAAGGAGAGUUCACGGGGAUUGCAAGAUGCUGAGCACGCUGGCGAUGGCGUCGGUGCUGGUCGGUUUGUCGGGAUGGAUCGGCGAGUACAUGGAAGAGCCAGCGAGGUAUGUGUUGUACUGCGCCACGGGGCUCUUGGGUGUGGUUGCGGUGACGACCAUUCAACAGCAACAGCACUCGACCAAGAUCGCCACCGACGACCUUGUGUUGGAGCCACUGGCGACUCCGACUCAGUGCGACGAUGAAAUCGCCGUGGAGAAGGCGUGUAUACGUGCUGCCGCUGCAUCAGUGACUCGAGAAGCCACAACUACCGCUUCCCUGGCGUGCGUGUCGACGAACCCGUCCAACGUCGUCGAGCGCGGCAUCAUUCUCACCUCACUUGUGGAUCAACCAGUGGGCAGUAUUCGCAUUCUCGUCGGUCCAAACGGCGCUAGCGGUGGCCGUCUUGCCAAAAACGAGAUCAUUCUGGAAGACAGUGUCGUGAGUCGUGUGCACUUUCAACUGCGCCAACACCACGCGUCCACCGACGGCGGGGAUUCGACAUUUUUCUACCUGCAGGACUGCGGCAGCACGACCGGAACAUUUCUGUAUCUUGCGCCAUGGGAAAAACGCCGGCUGCAUGUUCACGACGCAGUCAAGGUCGGGGACGCCGAGUUCGUCGUCGUGGCGCUGCAGGAGGACCACUGGGCCAACACCAAGCCGUUCCUGCGCAUCAAGUUCACCACUGGGCCCAUGGCGGGAGUCACGCAAAGGAUUGGUCUGUCUCCCGUCACAAUCGGUCGUCGCACGACCUGUGCUCUGUGUCUCGAGGCAGACGUGACUGUGUCGGGCCAGCACUGCACCCUCGAGUACUUGGAGAGUUCUGCCAGCGUCGUUGAAGCAGGGUACUACAUCACGGACUUGAACAGCACCAACGGUACAGGCAUGCGACUGAGCGCGACGGGAGUGAAGUCCAUGAAGGUGCGGCUGCAGCACAAGGACGUGUUUGGCGUGGGUGCCACCAAGUUCCUCGUCGAGUACCCUGCCAUGUUGGCCGAGGAGAAAAUGGCCAAGAAGGCCGAAGAAGCGGCUGUACAUGGAAGCGGGCAGUCCCCCGUGCGAAUAGCGUAACAAUAUUGUGGUGUGUGUUGGAU